AUGUACGUUGCCUUCCUAGACCUUGAGACGGCCUAUGAUGCUGUAGACCACAAAAUCAUGAUGAGAAAGCUUGAGGAAAUAGGACUAGAGGAAGAAGAAAUUGCAAUUCUGGAAAACCUCUACAAGGACUGUGUAACGGUCUACCAGUUGGUACCAAACAAAUACUCGGCGGCGACGAGUUUCUGCAGCGGUGGCGGUUCCACCCUUCGCUUUCGGUGCAAGGGGGCUCCGUGUCUGUCCGAGGUGUCCCUCCGUGAACAGGAGGCACAAGGGAUCAACCUCACAACAAAAACGACCACUGGACAAUCCGUCGAGACGACAAUAACGGCACUCGCAUCUGCGGACGACAUAGCCUUGAUAGCACCCUCGGCGGAAGCUCUGCAGCAAAUGCUAAACAUGUGCACAGAAGAGGCCCACAAGGACGGCCUGAAAUUCAAUCCAUCAAAAAGUGUAUGGAUGGCCGUUCAAAAGCGAAGAAGAAAAUGA